AUGCCACACCUGUCGCCGGCGCAGGAAAGGGGUAGGACUUUUCACAUGCCCCAACACACGUGCCACGCAUUGGUAUUGACCGGUCAUCAGUGCGAUUUCGAGCGCCCUUCCUGUGGCCAAUGCAGGCGUCUAGGACUCCAAUGUGAUGGCUACGAGCGCAAGACUGUGUUUGUCCACUCCGGCCCUGCAACAGCUGGCACCAAGAAGGAUGUCGCUACAACUCUAGUUCGGCAAGCCCUAUCGGCGAAUGGAACCAAGAAUCAUCCCUUGGAGGCAAAGAUUGGAGCAGUAACUCUUCUCCCGCCCGGCUUGGUCUCCUCCGCUUAUAAAUCCAACUACGUUGGACUUUUCUGGGACAUGUACGAUCCCAGCUCACACCUUCGGCGAGACUUGGGUAACGCCAUAUCAACGACAAGCUGGCUGCGGAAAGUCCAUUCUGACAAAAGCUACCAGAGCAGCCCCCUUCUCCAGACCUCCUUUCUCGCCAUCUGUUUAGGUACGGUUGGCCAACGUCUCAAAGCGCAACAUCUUAUCCAAAAUGGCAUGAAAGCCUACAACGAAGCCCUCGGUGGGCUGGCUAAAUCGAUCGCCAUGCAAGCUCAGAGCAAACAAAUUCCAGACGACACCACAAUAGCCACGACUCGCAUACUAAGCUUGUAUGAAGUUUUCUUCGGAAGCGACCCCUUAGCCCCCGCGUCGACGUCGUCAUGUCCUGAUACCACCCUCGUCAAGCCACAGGGGCUCAUGGAGCCGCUCUUCAUGUCAUAUAACCAAGCCGAUGCCUGGCGUCGUCACCGGUUCGGCGAGCUGGCUUUGCUCGAGUCACAAUCCCCAGAGAUGUACAAAGAGGGCAUUGCACACCAGAUGCUGGCUGACGGUCGCCUGAGCAUCACCAUCGCCGCCGUGGGCGUACACCGGUCUACUAUCCUCGCAAGAGAAGACUGGCUCACUGUUCCCUGGACAGGCUCCCACAAGAAAACAGGCUGGGACCUGCUGCUUGAUAUCUUUGUUCUCCUGCCAGGAUGUCUGGAGGACGCGACAAGGAUUGAGGUUGCUUUAGAGAUGAAUCCGAACCACUUCCAUUUCCAUGUCACCCCCGCGAGGAUCGCAAGUAGUGUGGGGAUACAAGCGCUGCUGAUGCUGAACAGGAAGUGCAAACACAUCCUCAGCCAGCUGCAAUCAUGGUACGACAACCACGCGCCUCCUUUGUGGAAAGCCUUUCUCUCAUCAUCAACAUACCCUCGACCAGUAAACCUGGCUUAUCCAACAUCACACGACCCUCCUUCUGCCGAUGAUAUCUCGACUGCUCAUAUGAUGUGUCUCUACUGGUCCACCAAGAUCAAGAUCACCCUUCUUAUUCUGCAAGUAAGAAAAUCUCUUGCUGGCUUGCAGGUCGACGUCUCAAGAAUCGAUCGAAGCGAUCUGAGGAUGUCAAUAACGCAAGACAGCAAGCACAUCAUGAGAACCGCGCCCAUCUUUUUCGAGAAGGGAGCUGGGAUGGCAGGGAGUCAUAUUGCCAUCUUUCCGCUUACGGUUGCACUCAAGGCGCUGCUGAUGAUGGGGGAAAUAGGGGUUGCGGAGCAGAGGGGUAUGGUGAAGGAGCUGUUGGUCAGAAGGGCGGCCGAGUCGGGGCUGUCGGUCGGGCCGUUUGUAGGGAGCUUGAGGGUUUUGGACUGA